GAGCACGUGAAUUUGGUGGGAAGAGACGGAGAGAACGGGCCGGUCCUCGUCUCGGUGAAGGCCGAGACGGUUGCUGGACAGGAGCACUGGAGGGUGUUGUUACGAUUGCGAGCAGGUUCGACACACGAGUUGGUACCGGCCGUGAACCUCGGCCCGAAUCCGUCACCUGCGAAAAUGGUCAAGGCGAUCAACGAAUCCCUGAACGUGACCACGUUGAUGCCUGUUGUCUGUUCUGGUGCCGGUACACUGAUAGCACGAUAUGACGAACAUGCUCUGGUGUCGAGGUUUAAAUUCGGUGUUCUUCACCAACGUGCCGGCCAAGUCACCGAAGAGCAACUCUUUGGAAAUAGACAAAUUACGCCAGCUUUCCAAGAAUUUCUCGACUUGCUGGGCCAGAAAAUCGACUUGAAAGAUCACAAAGGAUACCGCGGUGGUUUAGACACUCGACACGGGCAGACAGGAGAUUCCGCGGUAUACGAAGUAUUUCGAGGCCGAGAAGUGCUGUUCCAUGUCGCUUCUCUGUUGCCAUACAGUCCAGGGGACUCUCAGCAAUUGCAGCGUAAAAGACACAUCGGCAAUGACAUCGUCGCGAUAAUAUUCCAAGAGGAGCCAACCCCUUUCAGUCCAGAUAUGAUCGCCAGCCACUUCUUACACGCAUUCAUCGUGGUACAGGUCGUCGACCCCUGCACUCCUAAUACCAGGUACAAGGUCAGUAUAACGGCACGAAACGACGUUCCUUGGUUUGGUCCAGCUUUGCCAACGCCAGCUGUAUUUUUGCGCGGAGUCGAUUUCAAGGAAUUCCUUUUGACGAAAUUAGUGAACGCCGAGAAUGCGGCGUACAAGGCGGAGAAGUUUUCAAAGCUCGAGUUAAGAACGAGGUCAGCUCUCUUGGAAUCUCUAACGGAGGAAUUGCAAACGAAGACCGCGGACUUUCUCGGCGGAGCGAUCGGCCUGGGAGCUACCGGUUUGGGAUUCGGAGGGAAUUGUCCAGUAAGUCCGACAGCGAGCGACGCGUCGGGGUCUGGUAGCGGCGGAAGCGGCUCUAGGUUCAUCGAUACCGUUCGAAAAGCGCUGAUAUCGCGUGUUAGAAACGCCUCGACGGAGAGCGUGCCGCAGCAAUUAUCAAAGAAGGGCCAGUCGGAGCCUAGCCCGCCGAGCAAUCGACAAUCGACCACGAAAAUUAGCAGCAAACGUUCGGUAGAGCCUUCCAGUCCCUUAGGCUCGCCGGAUUUAACCCUCAGAAGAGACUCAGAACGUGGAAGCCCUAGCUUAGGCAGUCAGGAUAGCAGUUUAUCCAACACAGACAAUCAAGAUAGUAGUUUGGCCACCCUACAGCAAGACGAGGUCGAUCGUAGAGAAUCCACCACCUCAAUCUGCGCUAGCAACGAUACCACCACUGUGGUAGAUAAAACGUCCGUAUCGUCCGUUCAAAGACUGACUCACGAGAACUUACGGAAACAAGAGAGAUCCGAGAAGACGGAAACGACCCAGCGUGUUAUUUCGGAAAGUGACGAUAGUUCAUUGAACAGCGAGCUUGAGCUAGACCAGGCUGUAUACCCGGACAGCGAUACAGGCCUCGAAUCGAUGAGCUCAGCUGAAACUCACGAUACAGCAAGGUGUACUGCUAAGGACGGCGUUUUAGAGAAUGAAAAUUUACGGAUGGAAGUAACCAGGCUUAAAUGCGACAAGUUGGAUUUACUGAGGCAAAAUGUGACUUGCCAACGUGAUAUAAAACGUCUGCGGGAAAAGGAGCUUCAGUUACAAUCUGACCUUGCAGCCGCUUCAAAGGAAAUUCUUCGAUUGCGAGCUAUGUUGAAAGAAUGUUCGACAAGUAUUCCGUUGGAUAACAAUAAUCAGCAAACGUCUACCGUUUAA